CGCCCGAGCCCGCGCUCUCAGUUUCAGCGACUGGGGAAGGGAGUUGAGGAAGGAGUUGGGGUUCGGGUGUGGGCAGUCCGGGUGCAGCGAGACCGAGCUGGGUCGGGCGUCCAGGUAAUAAUUUCAAGAUGCCCGGACGUUCCAGUUCAAGUUCAGGUUCAACUGGUUUUAUAUCCUUCAGUGGUAUAGAAUCUGCUCUCUCCUCUUUGAAAAACUUCCAAUCCUGUAUCAGCUCUGGAAUGGAUACAGCUUCUAGUGUUGCCUUGGAUCUAGUGGAAACUCAGACUGAAGUGAGUAGUGAAUACAGUAUGGACAAGGCAAUGGUCGAAUUGGCCAUGAUGGAUCGGGAACUAAGCCAUUACGUAAAGGCUGUUCAGUCUGCAAUAAGUCAUGUAAAAGAAGAACGUCCGGAAAAAAUACCAGAUCUUAAAUUAUUAGUGGAGAAGAAAUUUUUGGCUUUACAGAAUAAGAAUUGUGAUGCAGACUUUCAAAAUAAUGCAAAAUUUGUACAGUUUAAACAGCAGCUGAAAGAACUAAAGAAGCAAUAUGGUCUUCAAGCCGACAGAGAGGCCGAUGGAAUAGAAGGAGUUGACGAAGACAUGAUUGUGACCCAAAGUCAGACCAACUUCAUCUGCCCCAUUACUCAGGUGGAAAUGAAGAAGCCGGUGAAAAAUAAAGUGUGCGGACACACCUAUGAAGAGGAAGCCAUUGUGCGCAUGAUUGAGUCCAAACACAGGCGGAAGAAAAAGGCCUGUUGCCCCAAAAUUGGCUGUAGCCACACAGAUGUGAGAAUGUCUGAUCUCAUCCAGGAUGAAGCACUCAGAAGGGCUAUUGAGAGCCACAACAAGAAGAAGAAUCGCCCGUCCGAGUAGGAGAAACUCACCUCCUGCAGGGAUGUCCGCAGCCUACCUCCUACCCCAGCCAUCUGGAGAGAGCAGUGCUCCUCAGAGCACCUUGCCAGGCUGCAUAGCAUACUUUGUUGGGGUAAAACUUGAAGGUUUUAAGUGUAAUUGGAAGCCUUUUUCUAUGUCACAGCAAAAAUCCAAAUCCAAUUAUAUUGUUUAUUUUUGAGUGGUCUAUAAUUUUAAAUAAAACUUUGAUUAUCCGCA